GGUCGGGGAAGCUAUGUCCUUCGUCACAGUAUAAUGUGGCUUCUUCAAGUCAAAGCAAGCCAAAGAUAAUCCAAGAUGCCAGAGCAAAGUAAUGACUACCGAGUAGUCGUUUUUGGUGCUGGUGGUGUAGGCAAAUCUUCGUUAGUCUUAAGAUUUGUGAAAGGCACAUUCAGAGAAAGUUAUAUACCUACAAUUGAGGACACCUAUCGUCAGGUCAUAAGCUGCAACAAGAAUAUAUGUACUCUUCAGAUAACAGAUACUACCGGUUCUCACCAGUUCCCUGCUAUGCAGAGGUUGUCCAUAUCCAAAGGCCAUGCAUUUAUACUUGUUUAUUCCUGCACUUCUAGGCAGAGUUUAGAAGAGCUCAGGCCAAUAUGGGAUGUAAUAAGAGAAACAAAGGGGGCUGAUCUGGCAUCCAUACCUGUAAUGUUAGUUGGUAAUAAAUGUGAUGAAUCUGAAACAAGGGAAGUUUCCACUGCAGAAGGAGAAGCUGAAGCCGCACGCUGGGGUUGCCAUUUCAUGGAGACUUCAGCAAAAACCAAUCACAAUGUAAAAGAACUGUUUCAAGAACUUUUGAAUCUUGAGAAAAACAGAAAUAUCUCCCUUCAGCUGGAGAAAAAAGGUCAGCUCAAAGGAACCAAAAAAAUCCGGGAAAAAUGCCGGCUUAUGUAAGACUUCCUAGUCAAGAACAUUCUUUUCUUUUUUUUUUUUAAUAUUUGUUACAUAAGAUCAGCAAUCUAUUUUGGACACAAACUACUUUAAACUUUUAUCUAUGAAAUUUUGUAAUACUCAUUUAAAUUCUUUAAUAUAUCUUGUUGUUU